UAUAUAUAUAUGAAGUGUUUAAAAAUGAUGCCAGCAAGUUUAAAUAACGGGAAUGGCACUGCAAAACAUCAUCAGCAACUUUUGCAAUCCGCUUCAAUGAUACCUUCACCGUACAACUUCUUGCCGUCAGUUUUUGCUAACGCGCAGUUGGAUAUGCAGUUAUUUCGACCUCCUGACUCGAACCUGGGUGCGAUGUACUUGAGUCAGUUAGCAGCAACAGCGGCUAUCAACCAAAGUCAAAACAAUGGUAGUAAUGAAGCUACUAGUAGUAACUCGAAUGACCAGCAACAAGAUGAAUCAUCAGGAGAAAGUAUUCAAAUUGAUAUUCCCGCGUCAACUUCUUCUGAGGUAGUUACAUCAUCAUGUCGAGAUGAAUCUCCCCUAUCUCAUAAAUCAUCAGAUAUCACAGAACAAGAGGUUGAAGGACCUAGAGAACAGGAUUCUUCUGAUGACGACACACUAAGUCAAAACAAAGUGAACGCAGAAGAUGCAGGUGUUUUGGAUAGAAAUGAUGACGUACAGGUUCCCCAGGUAUCCGAAUUACAACAAGUAGAUCUUUCAAAAUGGAUCUCGGAAUUCCUUCCGUCAGUACAGAAUAACCCCUUGGGAAUGGCUGGUUUAACGCAACAAAUGCCCUUAAUGCUUGAGCAGAUGCAACUCAUGAAUCAGUACUUCCCAGCAGCUUCCGUCGAGGAAUCUUUGAGAGUUCUCGCGGCACUUAGUACAGUCACCAGUCCUGCGUCUGCUGUUCCAUCAACGACUUGCAACCCGGCUUCAGUUCUGAAUGGACCAUUUUCUGGUAUUGCCGGACAUUCAAAGGAUACAUACUGUGAGAUGUGCGACAAAAAUUUCUGUAAUCGUUACUUUCUUCGAACACAUAAGUGGAAAAAGCAUGGCAUUGCAUUUGCGGGCAAGAAUUCGCCAACGGAGUGCAUUGCAGCAACGCUAGCAGCACCGUCAAUUCCUCAGAAUUUUGCUUUGGAUUUGCCAACUACCUCGUCAGGAGUAAAUCUUAGCCCGGCAGAAAUAAUUGCUGCUUUAUGCAAUCAAAGUGCAAUGGAUGUUUCGCAAAUCUCACCGCCCAGAAGUACAUUAUCUCAACCAACGUCUGUCAUUGUCAACUGUCUAUCCAAUGCAGACUCCUCAGCAGCUAAGCGAACAAGAUUGAAUGAUGACGAAAACAAGGAGGAAGAAGAAGCGUCUUUGACGUGUGCAAGAUCAGAAAACAUUCGAAUAGAUGAGGAAUCAAAUAUAGCCAAUCAGUUGCCGAAUACUGACGAUUUAUUCGCGAUGAUUGCUCGACAAGCUCAGGAGAAUGCCGUCACUCGGGAGUUGUUAUCAUCUUUGAAACAGGAAGGAAUACAGCCAUCACUGCAAGAGCAAUCGUACUCAUGCGAAAUGUGUGGACAAGAAUGCGAUACACGCACGACAUUGCAGCAGCAUCUGAUUUUACAGCACAACAUUUUGAGCACUCUUUUGACUCCAUUUCAACUGUUCCAGCCGUUGGCUCGAUUGCAGCCACAACAACAGCAGCAACAGAUGCAGCACCAACAAAACAACUCUCAAGCAGAAGACGUAGAUCGAUCUCGGAGUUCAACUAUCGUUCCAACAAUGCUCCCAUCACCUAUUGCUGCAUCACGACAGCCAAAGAAAUCCUACUCAGCUACUGGCAAAAAUUACUGCGAUGUGUGCAAUAAGGAAGUAUGUAACAAGUACUUUCUUCGAACUCAUAUGCUUAAAAUGCACGGCAUUGUAAUUGACGAGCACAAAACUAUCAUCGCCAACAUCGAUACGCUAGAAAAAGAGAAGUCUGGCACUAUUGCUUUCAGAUGUGACAUUUGCAACACAAAUGUAGGACAAACUCGAGAGUCGCUGAAACAACACAAACAGGAGGUGCACAAUGUAGUUUCACUGCCUACUUCGCGCGGACACCGUGGAUCGCUCAGUUCGAACUCAAGUAUUACAAGUACUUCCACCUGUAGAGGAACAGCAGAACAGUCCGCUAGUAAUCACCUAGACAGUCAACUUCGUUGUCCGCUAUGUGAUGUACGAUCUGCAGGUGUGCCGGCAAUACAAAAACAUCUCUCAGAGAAGCACAAGAUGGAGUUGAGUGUGGAGUCAUUAGAGAGCUUUUUAAAGGAUGCAUAUGAAAUUAAAAGUGGACAAACUGCUUCAGCGCUGAUUGGAUCAGUUAUGGAAAAUUUCCCGCAGCAAAUGACCUCACAAACUGAAUUUACUUGUACACAAUGCACAGAAGUAUUUAAUGAUCAGAUACAAUUCCAACUUCAUAUGAUUCACACUCAUCCAUUAACUAUGCCCAGUACAGAACCAACGCAGAAUGCGAACUUGCUCUGUGCGCAGUUCAACUUCCAGUCAUCAAGUGUUUCAGAUUCUUGGGCUGAUUCAAAUACCAAAUCAGCUAAUGACAAGAAAGAAAAUACAGAAGAGGAUGAAGCAUUGCAAGUUACAAGUAAUGACGAACAUCACAUCUCAACAACAAAAAAUCUGUAUGAUUGUCCCAUAUCAUGCUGUUCUAGACGAUAUCGUAGUCUUACGAUGUUGAACAAACAUAUUGCUAUAAUACAUCGGUGGAGUUUAAAGCUUCCAUUCAAAUUGGGAAAGAAAAAUACUCGUGAUGCGAGAGCUUUUUGUAAACGUCGCAUUUUGUCACGAAAUGAUUGUGAAAAGCAGGUUUUGCAUCAUUUUGAAAGUACUUCAAAUGGUGAUAAAUCAACAAUAGAGUCGAAAAAGAGUGGAUCAGAAAAUGGUACAUUUGACGGCAUAGAAGAUAUGAACUUAAUACCAAUUGUAGAAAAACGUGGUAGCGGGUGUGAGAAAGAACAUAAUAGUCAUAGCCAAGGUAUGUCAAACUUGAAUACAAUGCGUGAAGGAUUUGGACGAUUGUCUAGUAAUAACAAACCUUAUACAAUGCAAACAUUCGUGAUACGAGAACAGGUUUCGCAGUCUUCGACAAAUGGUACAGUGAUGAGAGAGCCAAUUUUUGAUGAAAUGAUUGCACAUUUACCAGUUCGAAAUAUGGUUGAGGAAGUGAUUCGAGUAAACGUGGAAUUGAUCCCAACAUCUAAGCAAGUCUCACCUAUUCUACAUUUAUGA